UUGAAUUGUUCUGUAGGAGGUCUAAAUUUUGGAAUACGGGCAACUAAGCAGAGUCACCCAUGAAAAAAAUAGAAAAAAAGAAAGAAAAACGAACUAAAAGGCUCGAUAUUCGAUCAAUACAAAUCUCACGCUAAUGAGAUAACGUCUGACAUACUGGAAUCUAAAUUUAGAAUGUUUAUAGUUUUCGUGAAGCAGUCAAUAACAGAUGAUCUAUGACCGCUACUGGAAGCAAACGGCAUCGUCUCAUCAUAAAUACUCAGUUUGAAAGGGCAUAUUUCAGACACUCGGGCUCAGACACAGCUUGUGGCAGGUGGACUUCAACAACCACGGGCAAGCUGAAAAUUUUUGAUGUGGUUUAUUUUUCAUUUUGCUGAUUGCUGCCAUCAAUUUUGUAACUGCGUAAGAGAAAAGUCAUUAGUAAAGGUUAUAGGUCGUUAUAACUUUGAGUGCUUGGAAAGUACUUGAAACAGAAGUGGGCGGCGUGAGGAAAUCACUUGUCAUUGCAUUACGAGAAACAAAUCAAAUUCUUCAACAUCUUCAGCGAUUGAAAACACCCUGUGGCAUACGUAACGAGAAAAACAAGCGAAACAAAGCGUGCUUACGAAACAAAAGCGGUUAGAAUAUUGGGUUUUGAAUGAUAAGCGUUCUAUAUAUAACGCUCCCUUUGAAAACCAACGGAGUGUGAAUCGAGGUAACAAGCCCACCCGCAUCUAAAGAAUGACAUAAAUAAGCAGACUAUGUAUUUUUUUUACCUUGUCCAGAAAGUUCUAAACAAAACAAAGUGAAAUCAGCCGCGAGAUUUGGCUGCAGGUCCUGUGACUGAUACGUAAAGCGUGGCUUGCAGGACGAAGUAAGCGCUUGAGUUUUAAGAAAACACGGCUUGGAAACCAAAGUUGGUCGUUUCUUUGUAGCAGUUUCGCCAGCUAUGGACUCUUUGCCUUCAAAUGCAUGUCUGCUACAGAAUGUUACGAUCGAUUCAUCAACGAAUUUAUCGUCAUCCGAUAAAAUAGAGAGAGCCUUCAAAACUCUCUUCCUUGUGCUUAUCGCCGUGGCAAAUAUUACGGGCAACUCUAGUAUCUGUUUGGUUGUUCUCAAAGACAGACAUCUGCGCGUUACGGUACGGAAUUACGCGGUGGCGAGUUUAGCCUUGGUAGACUUGCUCUCCGUUCAAAUCAUGAUUUUCCAAGUUUUAACUUAUUUCAACAUUGGUAAAGAAGCCUUCAUGUGUAGCCUUAUGGGCAGGAUAUUUGGCUGUCUUUUAUACAUCAGCAUCUUGCACUUAUUUACUUUAAGCCUGGAUAGAUAUGUGGCCAUAUUUUACCCCUUACGCUACCGGUUUAUGGUUACGCCGAGACGGGCAGCUGUUGUUUUGUUAACAAUCUGGAUUGUUCCAAUCUUUUCCAUUCUCUUCCUUCCGGCAAUAAAGCUCGAUCUACACGGCUAUGCAAGCUUCUACGGGUGCAUGGACGAAAGCUUGAUAGAAAUCACAGACAAAAAGAAUCAUAUUCACAUGGGUUUAAAUGUAACGUUUCUGUUCUUUCUUCCUCUUCUCGUGAUGAUGUGGGCUUAUUGUCGGAUCAGUAAAGUUGCUUGGUACCAGGCCAACCGAGUGGGUGUCGCUGUGAUUUCUGCAGUAAGGCUGCCUCUAGGCGGCAGACUCCCGAGAGCAAGAGAUAGAAAAUGGGCUAAAACACUUGCGAUCGUGAUUGGUGCAUUUCUGGGCUGCUAUCUACCAAUAGUUGUGGCAUCGUUGGUGCACAUUUACAGUGAAGAGACAUCGUUUCGCUCCUUGGGAAAGGUUUUAGAGAUUUUAUUGUUCCUUACUUUUUUAAACACUGUUUUAAACCCCAUGAUUUACUCUCUUCGGAGCAACGAUUACAGGAAAGCCUUCAAAAGGAUAUUUGGAACACACACUCAAGAGUCAAAUAGCGAUCGUCGCCUACGUCUGAAUUAUGCCACACAAGAACUGGAGAGUCUAACAGUGUCUAGUCUGGUGACAUCAUCUCACGCGAACACUUCAUGAAACUCCAUUUUAAUACAGUGAGCUCUCUCAGAUAAAGAUAGACACCUUCGGGAGUGGCUCUAGUUGUUUACCUUGGAGAGUUGUCCGCAGUAAAAGAAUUAACUCGCAAAUAAAUAAGUGAGACCAGCGAGACGUACCACAACCAUGUCCCGUUGGGGGAGGUGUCCGUCUUUGAUUAAGAGAGCUAACUGGAGCGCCAUGAAAUGCAGUGGACCACGUUACAAUUUUUACAACCCUCUAGUGGCGGAAGGUGAACAUUACAGUUGUUACAUCAUACGUAUGAUGAAUCUAGCUCUAUAAAAACAGUUAAAUUAAAUUCGAGAAAGACAACAGUGAGUGGUAUGACGCAGUGGAAAAGGAGUUUUUCUGUGACUGUCAUAAAAACCUUUUUCUACACUAAAUCAAGAACAUGCAUUGUAAAAAUUGCUAAAUUAAAAAAAUUAGCACCAUCAGCAGGGCCCAGCUAUUGUGUACUGAGAUAGAAAAGAAAAACUUGUGAUGUUUUCAAAAAAAAAUGCAUGGUAAAGAAAUAAAAGUUUAUAUCAAUAAAUUUAUCGACACGGACAUUGGAUGGAACUGGAAUGGAGACUGACUUUUUGCCUUUGCCAAUCAUUGUGACGCGAAAGAAAAUGCGCGGCGCGAAAGAAAACGCGAGAGGCUGCGCGUAGUAAAUGUAAACAAAAACUGAGUCAUGCGAAUGGCCCUUACUGAAUUCCUGCAGUGAUGCGAUUUAGCGCCCUAGGCCCACUGCCAAUAAGCGCGCCCUUUCUAAUGUGCGCUCUCCUUUAAGUAUCGUUUUCUUAAGUGCCCCAAUUCUAUUUAGCUCACCAUCAUAAAAGUGACAUUGAAUACCUGGAGUAGAAUGAUUAAACAAGUAAACUUUACAGUCUUCUUCCUCAGCUGAACGUAAUAUUGGACAUACUGGCUUGGAAUAAACAAUAAAAUGAUGUCAUGACUA